AUGGAUCAGGUCUCUCGCUCUCUUCCUCCACCUUUUCUCUCAAGAGAUCUCCAUCUUCACCCACACCAUCAAUUCCAGCAUCAGCAGCAGCAACAACAGAAUCACGGCCACGAAAUCGACCAGCACCGAAUCGGCGGUUUAAAACGCGACCGAGACGCUGAGAUCGAUCCCAACGAGCACUCGUCAGCCGGAAAAGAUCAAAACACUCCCGGCUCUGGCGGAGAAAGCGGCGGCGGAGGAGGAGGAGAUAACCAUAUCACGAGAAGGCCACGUGGCAGACCAGCAGGAUCCAAGAACAAACCGAAACCACCGAUCAUCAUCACUCGAGACAGCGCAAACGCUCUCAAAUCUCAUGUCAUGGAAGUUGCUAACGGAUGUGACGUCAUGGAAAGCGUCACCGUCUUCGCUCGCCGUCGCCAACGUGGCGUCUGCGUUUUGAGCGGUAACGGCGCCGUUACAAACGUUACCAUACGACAACCAGCUUCGGUACCUGGCGGUGGCUCGUCGGUCGUCAACUUACACGGACGUUUCGAGAUUCUUUCUCUCUCGGGAUCUUUCCUUCCUCCUCCGGCUCCACCGGCUGCUUCCGGACUAACGAUUUACUUAGCCGGUGGUCAAGGACAGGUCGUCGGAGGAAGCGUGGUGGGCCCACUCAUGGCUUCAGGACCUGUGGUGAUUAUGGCUGCUUCGUUUGGAAACGCUGCGUAUGAGAGGUUGCCGUUGGAGGAAGAUGAUCAGGAAGAGCAGCAAACGGCUGGAGCGGUUGCUAAUAAUGUCGAUGGGAACGCAACGCUUGGCGGUGGGACGCAAACGCAGACUCAGUCGCAGACGCAGCAGCAGCAGCAACAGUUGAUGCAAGAUCCGACAUCGUUUAUACAAGGAUUGCCUCCAAAUCUUAUGAAUUCUGUUCAAAUGCCAGCUGAAGCUUAUUGGGGACCUCCUCGACCAUCUUUCUAA